AUGGCGACGAGUACGGCACGUUCAAUCGUGGAAGACGGCGAUCUGGUGAUCGUGUUUGCCUCGCGCGACCGUCCACCGACUCCCCUUCAUGUGCAAAAGGGUGAGCAGCUUGUCAAUUUGUUUGGCAAUUUUCCCCAUGACGAAAUAAUAGGAAAGCCAUACGGAAGCAAGGUGUUUUCCAAGAACCAACGCGGCUUUAUUUACAUUCUACGCCCUACACCAGAGCUUUGGACCCUUUCGCUUCCUCACCGUACGCAAAUUUUGUACACGCCGGACAUUGCAUUCAUUCUCAUGAAGCUGAACCUUUCGCCUGGCGCAUCGGUGAUUGAGGCAGGCACUGGUAGUGGAAGCUUUACGCAUGCACUGGCACGUGCCGUUGGACGUGGAGCACCUGCAUGCGAUGGUAUUGGCCAGACCACCAGUGCGUGGAAAGCCGAAGCACCGAUUUCCUCCCCUCUACCCCGCGGUCCUUGCGAUGGGCGCGUAUGGAGCUUUGAGUUCCACGCGGAGCGUGCAGAGAAAGCUCAGUCAGAGUUUGCGGCACAUGGGAUAGAUCGCACUGUACUGUUGGAGCACCGCAAUGUAUGCAAGGAUGGUUUUGGUGUGGACCAUGCAGCGGAUGCGAUUUUCCUUGACUUGCCGGCGCCAUGGGACGCUGUUCCCUUCGCAUUGGAUGCAUUGCGCUCAGAUGUAGCCACGCGUAUUUGCUGCUUUUCCCCGUGCAUUGAACAAGUGUUGCGCAGUGUCACGGCACUCUCUGAGCAUGGCUUUACCGACGUGUCUACGUAUGAGAGCUUGAUUCGCACGCACGAAACGCUGACCAACGUCGCCCCGCUGGAACCCAUUUCGACCGUCGUGGAAAAGAUUUGUGCGAGUGAACGGAAGCGUGAAGGUCGGCGCGAGAUGCAAAUUGCAAACUCGCGUCUGGAGCGCGAAAGACGACGUGCGGCCGAACCUGUCGUACAAGAAAACGAAACAGCCAACGAAGCCCAAAAAUUGGACAUCUCGCUGAAACGCAAAGCAGACGACGAGCCCGACGAGACACAAUCUCUAGCGAUGCAAGCCCAGCCCAACAUUCAAGGACCACCCGCCGAGAUGCUCUUCUCCGCCGGUUUCCGCCAAAAAGUAGAGCGACGCGCGGUUCAUAUGGCCAAUGUUUGCUCGCGGCCUUACCCCCAAAUGCGCGGGCAUACAAGCUACUUGACAUUUGCUACCUUGUUACCUCGUGACUAG